AUGCUGUCAGGGGCUCUUGGUGAUACUUCUUCCCCUGCACACAGCAGUGCAGGUGUGUGGAGCGCCGUCCAUACAGAAGCUCCUUCUACGCCAAAUAAGCAGCUGCAGCAUCAUCCGCAGCAGCAGCAGCAUCAUCAGAAGCACCAAGAGCAGCAGCAGCCGCAGAUUCCUAUCGGGGAUCCUCAAGAGCAGUAUGGGGAGCAGCAGCAGCAUUUUGCGGGAAAUGAGGGGCAGGCGUUGCAUGCAAGAGACGCACAGCGGCGCCUCCUUAGGAAAAGAAACGCCUGGGCCUCUGCUUUUAGCCUUUUUCUCGCUCUUCUUCUACUCAGUCAGGUAGCGGGUUUGCGACAGCAGCUGCUGCAACCAUCAGCUCCUCCUGUUGGUGAAGACGUAAAACAUGCUUUACCUGACCCAGAGAACCCUUCAGCGGAAGCAGCAGCAGCAGGUGAAGAGGGGCCCGGACGGGAAGAGGAGUUGCAGCAGGAAGCUGAACUCGAGCAGCAGGAGGAAGAGGAGCAGCAGCAGCAGCAGCAGCAGCAGCAGGAUUUUGAUUUACCCGCCGUUGGAUCUGAAGAAGAAAGACUUUCACCUGAAGUCUUAGAGGGAAAAGCCUUUUUAGCACGUGCUCUAUCAGAGCUGGAGUUAGUUCGUGCUGCAGAGCAGUGGCUACCUGCUGCAUCUCGUGAAGCAGAGAAAGCUGUUAGACAUCUUGCUGCUUUUUUGUCUGGGGGUGAGGAUUACAAUAUUGUAGGGAAGACGCUCCCACUGGAGUCGCUGAAACCCUUCAGAAGCAGCAGGAGCAGCAGCAGCAACAUCUCUGGAGAUGCAGCAGGUGCUGCAAGAUAUUUUACUGUUACUCGCUUCCUAGGCGAAUGGAAUUCAUCGAUUGUUUUAGAAGUGCGCGAUCAGCCUUCAAAUCAGCUGCUGGCUGUCGUUAUCCCCUUCGCAUCCAUAGACCCACCGAGCAAGAACAGCAGCAGCAGCAGCAGCAAGAAGGGGGCGAAGGAGGAUGCGAAUGCUGCUGCUGAUGAGUUAGCAGACCUUGUGGAGGAGUUUAAUGCAAUAGAAACAAGAGGUAUUGAAGCAGCUUUAGGGGAUAUGCCUGCUGCAGCAGCAGCAGACUUGAAAGGGUGGGCUGUACCGCUAGCCACCGGGUGUAUACAGGGGUUAGAGAGAGGUUUGUUUGCUUCGGGUGUAUAUAUAUCAGGAAAAGUGCAAAUAACAGAAAGAUAUCAUGGAGACUUAGAAGAAUUAAUAGCGAGCAGCAUAGAUAUCCCAUUAUCAGCAAAGAUAUAUUGUGCGCAGCGGCUGCUGCUGCAGGUGCUGCACUUGCAGCAGCAAGGAGUAACGCAUAACGAUUUAAAGCUGAGUAGCUGUUAUGUAAGAGCAGACGGUUCAUUUCUUCUAGGAGAUUUUACUUCAAGCAGCGUAGAUAAAGCUACAUUAAAAUAUCUUGCUGGGAUUACCCCUGCAUACGGCGAACCUGAGUUUCUGAAUGAGAUAUAUCAAGAGAUGGAGAAGGCAACAGUAGUAGCAGCAGGAAGAGGAGCAGCAGCAGAAGGAUUAGCAACAGCAACAGCAACAACAAUAACAACAGAAAGAAGUAAAAGAAAUAGAGGGACAGGAAAAGUUUCUGCGGAUUUAAAGUGCGAUAUUUGGAGUGUCGGGGUUUUAAUAUAUGAAUUGUUUACAGAGCAGCUUCCUUAUGAUAUUUCUCAAGGGGUUGCUACCCCUGAACAAAUGGAACCUGUUGUACAAAAUCUUAUUAAUGAAAACCCUUCUUCUAAAUCUAUUCUAAUUGAAUUAAAUAAAGCACAUGUACCCAAGAGGUGGGCAGAGCUCCUCGAACAAAUGCUGCAAGUUCGCAGAAAAAACAGAAUAGAUGCUGCAAAUAUUGCUAAACAUUUCUCUGAUCUCUUCGAAGGAUAA